UCGACACUCCCUCUUAUAUAUAAAUCCCUUCCUCUUCAUUUCCUCGCCACUGUAUCACUCUCGUCUGCGUCAGUCUCCCGUCUUAACACUUACUUUUGGUCGACUUUGUUAGAGAUUUGUUUCUCGUUUUUCCGACAUGGCGAAGAUCAAGAUCGGAAUCAACGGAUUUGGAAGAAUCGGGCGUUUGGUUGCCAGAGUCGCUCUCCAAAGCGAUGAUAUUGAGCUUGUUGCUGUUAACGAUCCUUUUAUCAGCAUUGAAUACAUGAUCUACAUGUUUAAGUACGACAGUGUUCACGGUCAAUGGAAGAACCAUGAGCUUAAGGUGAAGGACCCAAAGACCCUUCUCUUCGGUGAAAAGCCUGUCACUGUUUUCGGCAUCAGAAACCCUGAGGAAAUCCCCUGGGGGGAGUCUGGAGCUGAGUAUGUUGUUGAGUCUACUGGUGUUUUCACCGACAAGGACAAAGCUGCUGCUCACUUGAAGGGUGGUGCAAAGAAGGUGAUCAUUUCUGCUCCCAGUAAGGAUGCCCCCAUGUUUGUUGUGGGUGUCAAUGAGAAGGAAUACAAGCCUCACCUUGAUAUUGUCUCCAAUGCUAGCUGCACUACAAACUGCCUUGCUCCUUUGGCUAAAGUCAUCAAUGACAAAUUUGGCAUUGUUGAGGGUCUCAUGACCACUGUCCAUUCAAUUACUGCUACCCAAAAGACUGUUGAUGGUCCCUCAAUGAAGGACUGGAGAGGUGGUAGAGCUGCUUCCUUCAACAUCAUUCCCAGCAGCACUGGAGCUGCCAAGGCUGUUGGCAAGGUGUUACCUGCGUUGAAUGGCAAGCUGACUGGAAUGGCUUUCCGUGUUCCCACUGUUGAUGUCUCUGUGGUUGACCUCACCGUGAGACUUGAGAAGCCAGCUUCUUAUGAGGAUAUUAAGAGUGCUGUCAAGGUGGCAUCUGAAACCUACAUGAAGGGAAUUCUUGGUUAUGUAGAUGAAGAUUUGGUGUCAUCUGACUUUGUUGGUGACAGAAGGUCAAGCAUUUUUGAUGCCAAGGCUGGAAUUGCUUUGAAUGAAAAGUUUGCUAAGCUUGUUGCAUGGUAUGACAACGAGUGGGGUUACAGUUCCCGUGUUGUUGACUUGAUCCGAUACAUGGCUUCUUGCAAGUGAGUGAUAUUGGUGUAGGAAGUCAUUGCAUGUUGUGGGCCUCCUCUUUCAUCAGCCUUAGCAAUAUGGGAGAGGAGAUGUCAUGGGAAUAAUAGAUUUGUACGGGACAUGUUUUUGGAUGGAUGGAGUGUUUCCAUUUUUAUGCAUUUUGGUCUGGAACGGUUUUCAUUCUGUCGGAAUGAAUUUACUAUUUUGGUUGUGUUCAUAAUUUUCUCUACUCUUUUCAAGUUUCAUUGCAGAUUCCUCUCUUUAGUU